AUGCCUUCACUUAUCGACACUAACGAAAUAUCACCCUUUACAGUUGCCGAUAGCGGGGGAUUAUCCUUGUCUACAGCUUUUGAAGAUGCCAGAGUAUCAUCACCUACAACUAUUGAAGAAAAUAGAUUAUCUUUAUCUACAGUUAUUGAAAAUAAUCGAUUAUUGCCAUCUACAGUAGCUGAAAAUGAUAGGUUAUCAUUAGAUGCAGCCAUAAUAGGUAACAGAUUGUCAGCAUCUACAUCAGUUAUAAAUGAUAGAUUAUCGUCGAAUACAGGCAUGGAAGAUGACAGAUUAUCGUUAUCUACAGAAGUUAAAAAUAGCAGAUUAUCAUCAGAUACAGCCACUGAAGAUGACAGGUUAUUCUCAUCUACAGUUGUUAAAAAUGAUAAAUUAUCAUCAAAUAUAACCACUGAAGAUGACAGACUAACAUCAUCUACAGCUACGGAAGAUGACAAAUUAUCAUCAUCUGCAGUCAUCGAAAAUACAUCGCUAGCAGCAUCCAUAGCUAUUAAAACUGAUACUUUUAGUGCAUGGUCAACCGAUUUCAGCGUUUCAAUAUCAGAUACGCAAGAUACUUACCAAGCUUACUCUACUAAAAGCGAAUCGCUCAUCACUGGAUAUACUACAACCUCCGAUGCAAACGAAACAUCUUCUACCAAUUUACGUAGUUCUGGUAAUAUGUUCAUAUUUGAUUACGGAACAAAGACUUUUUCUUUAAGAACGGAACCGAAUAUCUAUUUAACUAAUGAUGACAACAUUGAAUCAGUUUUUACGUUCUCUAUUCCAGAUUUUAACUGUUAUCCACUGCCUACAUGUUAUUCAUCUAAAUUCUCAUCGCAAUCUACCGUAAAUAAUAAUCAACAUAUCAUUACAAAUAUAGAUAAACUAAGCAGUGUGUCCUUCAAAUCUUUAACAGCAUCCUCAGCUACUGAUGUACCUACGAAUCAGACUUUCCUCCAUCCUACACUUGCACAUCAAGACACUACCCUUAAUCCUUUCGAUAAGUACUCCGAAGUUCCUUUUGUAACAGCGGAUGAUACACUCCGGAUAUUAGCAAAUAUUAAUGAAGAAUUGGCAAUACAUCCAUACAUAACUGUUCAAACAGCAGAGAUUUACAGUCAAGGUUUAAAUCAACUUAUAUCUAAACUGGCUACAAAUGCAUCAAAUACUGAAUUAAUUAUUAAACUAUCACAGAAAAUUGAAAUAUCUGUAAAUUAUACCAAAGUAUUGGACAAAUUUUUCUUACGAGUGGCCGAUAAUUUGUUCCCAGGCCAAACAUUAAACAUAACGGACGACGAAGCAGGUCAGACCGUUAAAAUUCUAACGGGAAUUUAUUCCUUUUUACGGGAUGAAAUCACGCAAGCAGCUACAACCGAUAACAUCAUUUCCGACGUAAUAACGUGUAAGAUAGAUCCAGAUCCUCCUGCGGAUUCUGGAUUAAAUUUUCGUUAUAGUAUCAUCAAAUCGGAAAAUAUUUGGCAUCAGUUAGUCAAUCUCAAUGAUCUUCAAUCGCUAUUAGCUCCAAUUAUAAUUAUUGAAUAUAUUGGCAUUGGAUUUUCCACGAUAUGCAUUGCUUUAGCUCUUAUUGUCUUCGGAGUUCUAAGGCUCAAAUCUGAUCGAUUCAUAAUUCAUCGAAACCUCUUAGUAGCCUUAUUCCUAUUGCAGUGUACAAUUAUUGCUGGGUCUCAAUCAGAAGGAAACAAGAAUUUAUGCACCGCCAUGGCAAUUUUGACACAUUUCUUUUGUGUAGCAACUUUUUCUUGGAUGUUAAUCGAAGCUAUCCAUCUGUAUUUUCUCAUUAUCACCGUAUUUAAGAAGAGCAGAAUUUCAAUUUACUACUUCAUCGGUUGGGGUUUGCCGAUCAUUACUGUUGCUGUAACAUUAACAGCCAAGUUUGACGGUUAUGUAAACAAUAAUGGGGUUUCUAGUUUAAAUAAAUGCUGGUUAAAUACACAAGAUGGAUUUAAAUGGGCAAUCAUGGGACCUGUUAUUUCAAUUAUUGUCGUUAAUGCUGUCGUAAUGAUUUGUGUAGUCAAGAUAACUGUUUCAUCUAGCAUUGCAGAUGCUUACAAAAGUGAUAAUCGUAAAGGAAGAUUACAGGGAAUUAAAUCAAUGAUCAAGGCUAGUGCAAUACUAACGCCUAUUCUAGGUCUAACAUGGCUGCUGGCUUUAAUUCCGAUCACAAGGCAAACCAUUGUAUUUGCCUAUCUCUCCGUCAUAUUGAAUUCUUGCCAGGGCAUUACUAUCUUCGUAUUUCAUUGUAUCUUAAAUAGUGAGGUUCGUCUAAAAUAUACUCUUUUAAUAUCAAGGCGAAGUGCCAUCCACUCUUCCAACAAGGCUUCCUUAUUUAUUGAUGACAAAUCAAACUUAAAAACUGGUAAUUCCGAUCAGAAAGAUGGCGAUUUGAAAGUAGUGCGAAUAACGCCGCCCAGAUGUCAGACUAACUGCGAAGAAGCUUGUAUAAAUCACGUCAAGUAA